AUGCUCACAUGACUUGUCGGCUGCACCAUGGCGGAAGCAGAGGAGAAGGAACCUGUUUCUAUGGAAGAAUCUACAGAUGAAUCUGAGGAAGAUGAAAGUGAAGAAGAACCCAAGCUGAAAUAUGAAAGGCUUACUAAUGGAGUGUCUGAAAUUCUUCAGAAGGAUGUAGCCAGUUGCAUGACCGUGCAUGAAAAGUUUUUAGCCCUGGGAACACAUUAUGGCAAGGUUUAUUUACUUGACGUCCAGGGAAACAUCACCCAAAAGUUUGACGUUAGCCAAGUGAAGAUAAAUCAGAUCAGCCUUGAUGAAAGCGGAGAACAUAUGGGCAUAUGCUCAGAAGAUGGCAAGGUACAGGUGUGUGGAUUGUAUUCGGGAGAAGAAUUUCUUGAAACGUUUGACUGUCCUAUUAAAAUUGUUGCUGUUCACCCUCAGUUUGUGAAAUCCCCCUGCAAACAGUUUGUAACAGGUGGUAAAAAGUUGUUGUUAUAUGACAAGAAUUGGAUGAACAGAUGGAAGCCUUCUGUUUUACAUGAAGGAGAAGGAAAUAUAAGAAAUGUAAAAUGGAGAGGACAUUUAAUUGCUUGGGCUAAUAACAUGGGUGUGAAGAUACUUGACAUGAUCUCCAAGCAAAGAAUUACCAAUGUGCCUAGAGAUAAUAUAAGCCUUCGUCCAGAUAUGUAUCCCUGCAGCCUUUGCUGGAAGGACAAUUUAACGCUGAUUAUUGGCUGGGGAAAUUCAGUAAAGAUAUGCUCAGUAAAGGAACGCCAUGCCAGCGAAAUGCGAGAUCUGCCUAGCCGUUAUGUUGAAAUAGUUUUCCAGUUUGAGACUGAAUUCUACAUCAGUGGACUGGCACCUCUCUGCGACCAGCUUGUCGUACUGUCGUAUGUAAAGGAGAUUUCUGAGAAAACGGAAACAGAGUGUUGUGCAAGACCUCGACUGGAUAUUAUUCAGCCCCUUCCUGAAUCUUUUGAAGAAAUCUCUUCUGAUGCUUUAACAGUAAGAGGAUUCCAAGAAAACGAAUGUAGGGAUUAUCAUUUAGAGUACUCGGAGGGCGAAUCGCUCUUUUAUAUUAUCAGUCCAAGAGAUGUUGUUGUGGCAAAGGAACGGGACCAAGAUGACCACAUUGACUGGCUCCUGGAAAAGAAGAAAUACGAAGAAGCAUUGAUGGCAGCUGAGAUCAGUCAAAAGACCAUGAAAAAGCAUAAGAUUUUGGAUAUAGGCUUAGCCUAUAUCAAUCAUCUAAUGGAGAAAAGGGACUAUGACUUGGCUGCUAGAAAAUGCCAGAAAAUACUUGGCAAGAACACAGACCUCUGGGAAUUUGAAGUUUACAAAUUUAAAGAAAUAGGGCAACUUAAGGCAAUUAGCCCUUAUUUACCAAGACGGGAUCCAAUUUUGAAGCCUCUCAUCUACGAAAUGGUCCUUCAUGAGUUUUUGGAAAGCGAUUAUGAGGGCUUUGCAACGCUGAUAAAAGAGUGGCCUGGAGACCUGUAUAACAAUGCCAUCAUAGUGCAAGCCGUGGUGGAUCACCUGAAGAAAGAUCCACAGAAUAGGACCUUGCUCAGAACUCUUGCAGAGUUGUAUACCUAUGACCAGCGCUAUGGGAAAGCCCUUGAAAUUUACCUAACCUUGAGACACAAAGAUGUUUUCCAGUUGAUCCACAAGCACAAUCUGUUCAGUUCUAUCAGAGACAAAAUUGUUCUCCUUAUGGAUUUUGAUUCAGAGAAAGCAGUAGACAUGCUUUUGGAUAACGAAGCUAAAAUUUCAAUUGAUAAAGUUGUAGAAGAACUGGAAAACAGACCUGAACUACAACAUGUGUAUUUGCACAAGCUUUUCAAAAGAGACCAUCAUAAAGGACAGAGAUACCAUGAGAAACAGAUCAGCCUCUAUGCUGAAUAUGAUCGUCCAAACCUGCUCCCAUUUCUCAGAGACAGCACACACUGUCCAUUAGAAAAGGCUCUUGAGAUCUGCCAGCAGAGGAACUUUGUAGAAGAGACAGUCUAUCUUUUAAGCAGAAUGGGUAAUAGCCGCAGUGCCCUGAAGAUGAUAAUGGAGGAAUUGCACGAUGUAGAUAAGGCUAUUGAAUUUGCCAAGGAGCAAGAUGAUGGAGAACUGUGGGAAGAUCUCAUUUUAUAUUCCAUCGACAAACCACCAUUUAUUACUGGCCUGUUAAACAACAUUGGAACUCAUGUUGACCCCAUUCUUUUAAUUCACCGUAUUAAAGAAGGAAUGGAGAUUCCUAAUUUGAGAGACUCGCUGGUGAAAAUUCUUCAGGAUUACAACUUACAGAUUUUGCUGCGUGAGGGGUGCAAGAAGAUACUUGUGGCUGAUUCUCUUUCUCUGUUGAAGAAAAUGCAUCGUACUCAAAUGAAAGGAGUCCUUGUGGAUGAGGAGAACAUCUGUGAAUCAUGCCUCUCACCUAUACUUCCUUCAGAUGCAUCCAAAUCCUUCAGCGUGAUGGUUUUCCACUGCAGACAUAUGUUUCACAAAGAUUGCCUCCCUGUACCUAACACAGCUUUCCCAGUACAGUUCUGCAACAUCUGCAGUGCUAAGCACAGAGGACCAGGCAGCACAAUCUUGGAGAUGAAAAAAUAGCAUUGUCCAUCCUCUCAAGCAUGUCUGUGAUGAUGUGGAAUGCCACUGAUGUUGUUCAAAGACUUGUAUAUAUUCCCAAGUAGGGUUUAAAACAAAUUUCUGUAAAUUACCCACACACUGAACAUCUUUCUGUCUGUAGCCAGAAAGAAAAUGGCAAAAGAAAUACAUCUUUGUUACAAUAAUAUGAGGCCAAAUUGAGACCGCUAUUAGACACUUGCAUGUAAAUAUGAAUCCAGCUUAUUAAACUACCCAGUUCUUGAUUCAGUAAGCUGCUUUAAGCAUAUGAGUUGCUUCUAAACCUGUGAGUAGUCUAUUUUUUUUCAGUGGGAAUCUUUAAGUAUCUUGGUGACUUCAGCCCUAAAUUAGUAAAUGUAACAAUAAAUGCCAGUUGUGAAACUGA